CAAACGGCGAAUAACCCGCGUACAGUGCGCUUCCCGUUGGUGUCGUUAAAAGGCCGUGGAACGAAGCUUUGCAACUUUUACUGUCGAUACGUGCUGCGUGCGCGCGUGUCUACGUGUGUGCUCGAGUGUGUAGAUAGAUGGGUAGAGCUGCGACACGCGCGUAUGCUUGCGCGCGUUUGAACGUGUUGGCUAUAAUGUAUCGGCGUAUGUCACUGUAAUGUGCGUGUGUCGUCCAUUGAUGUUGUUUUGACACAGGUGACGUAGACCGUGACGCGCCUCAACGAUGAGAUAAGCAGAUCCGCUGCGUGUGAAUAAAUAGCACGCCUGUGCGCGCGCCACUGUGCCUCAUUGACGGAUACUGGGGGGGGUUUCAGAGCUGCGCAUUUGAGAUUUUUCUAGCAAAAAGCGACACACGCUAAAAAAGACGCAAGCGUCUGGAGUCGAAUACACAACAUGUCCUCUGUGUGUAGUUUGUUUCUUCAGUGAGUAAGCUGCCUGGAGCCAGCUCUGCAUGUGUUCAACACUGUUUACACACCUGACGUAGACGUAUGUGUGACGUCGUUUUGAAAUGAUGGAAGUAUGAGAAUAUAGUAGACCCCAAAUUAAAGUAGUUCUGGGAAUAUUACUGUUGGGACCUAUUAUGUUUGCAGCAUACAUCAGGUGGAUUCAAAAUGAGCUACAAUUUACAACAAACUAAUGCCACAAAUGAACACCUACAUCAACAUUUGCUUUUAUUAAUUUGAGAUGAUUAGUCAAAUUACAAUAAAUUGAACAAAUAAAAAACAAAUGUAACGUUUUAUAUCAAAUCUGACAGUGAGUUAUGACUAUGACUUAGAUAUUGACAAUGAUAACUUUGGCUAAGUAAGUCAAUUAUGUAGCCAUGCAGUUCUGUUGCCUCAUCUCAAUACACAGAGCUGUGCAAGAAAUAUCUGUUUGCCUGUUUUGACAGAUUUAGAUUUAUUUAAUUUUGAUUCAAUGGAUUAAGGGACAGGUGAGGUUGUUUUUCUUGUGGUUGCUGGAAUUUUAAAAAUAUUUCUUCACUUAAAAAAAAAAGGUUUGGCACAUUUAGCUAUCCCAUAAUUGUCGAACACUCUGAGUAUUUAAAGUCUUGGUAGAGUUUAAGCAGUUACCAGAAUUGAGUUUAUCGGAAAUAUCUAAAGAAGGUGCAAAGUUUGGCACAAUGUUUCAAUUUCAAGUGCAUAUUUUCCAAACAUAUAAAUUGACAAUAUAAAACAGACUCAUUGCAUAUAUAGUCAAAAUACUACUUUGUAUCCUAGACUAAGUAAUUACGUAAUUAGACGUACAAUUUAAAAAGUAUCUUGAACAUGUGACUUAAUUCACGUUAAGAAAUUCUCUAGUACGGAGAAUAUGUUAUCUCAUUUUGAAAUAUAACAGUAACGUAUAACAUAAGACUUAUUGACUUUAUUGCUUGGUCUCUUCAUGUUGUGCACAUAUCUGAAGAAAGUUGUCAAAGAAGCAGACAGCACACAUGGGCAGGUAUAUUGUUUAUGUCACCAUAAUGUUCUAUGGUAUUUAGAGCAGCUAUUUGAGCCCUAUACAUACAGUAUUCACGCAGGAGCUACAGUAUCACAAACUUUAUUUUGAUAGUAUUCCUACAGUAACGUAUAGUUUGUCUGUGAUAAGCAGUGGUGAGUUGUUCCUGCUUCAUUGUGUUGACUUCUGGCACAAUCAUAUGUUGUGGUAUCCCCCUACCAUUAAUACAAAAAAGAGGUAAACCCACCAAAACUCAUUUUGCAUAUUGGUUGCAUUCAUAGUAAAAAUGGAGUAAGAAGAGCCAAACUGGUGUUGGAUAAAGUCAAUAAAUACAACCUGCCUGCCAAACUGUUUAUUCUGUAACUGUUAUUAUAAUAAUCUGCAUGAUGGUUAGUAUUUGAUAUUACCAGGUAAUGAUAGACUGCUGUGUGUUUCGAAAGGAAAUGAAUGAGACCUGAGAACAGUGACUAAUCCCACAUCCAGAAACAUUUACCGGCUUGCUUGCUUCAUUUGCUGUAAUAGCAGCGCUGACACCAUACCAUCUGAACGAAAGGCUUUGCACAGUAGAAAGGACAUUUCUGAAUGGAAUUGCCGCCACGGCUAUGAAGCUUAAUAUUAUAUAUUAAUAUAUUUGAAGUCGGGCAACCAAAAUUCAUUCAAAUCCAUCAAAAUGGGGAUGGAGUUGAUCCAAGUUGGAGACUUUAGCUAUUCAUAGUAAUGGUAAUCCAGAGACGGAUGCAUGCAGGUCAGAACUGCAACAACCCUGUGAAUGUUCAUUUCAUUGUUAGUUAAUGAUGAAUACAUUAAUUACACAACAAAACAAGUAGGAGAGAACAAACCAAAAAGCAGGGGAAAGAAUAAAGAUGCACAAGCAUUACAGUACAAUGAUGAUUGUGUACAACCUACAGCUAUAUACUGUAUAGAUAUAGAAAAAUAGUCUGAAAAACCUGCAAGUUAUAGUCUUAGAACCAUAAACCACAGCAUUAAAGGGUCAUAAUAAUAGACCCUAACCCUAAAUACUUAAACCUGCAUUCAUGUUUGACCGACAUGUAACUUCCUGUGGUGAGCCAGGAGUUAUUCCAUCUUUUGAGGAGAUAAUCCUCAUGACUCAGUUAGUCAGUAAGGUGUCUAGAUUUAAUCACUGCCCUUUAAACUGACUGUGAGCCAGCUCACUGACUGAGAUUGUCAUAUGGAGCUCUUCUGGUUGUUGAUAAUAUUCCUGGUGUUGAAGGCAGUAUUACAUGUCAGAGAGUCAUUCCCAAAAAUCAAUGUAAAGAUAUAGUUAUAUUAAAUUUUGUCUUUGUUAUUCAGUUAUAAGGGACUCUAUAGACAUUUCAAAAUGUUCCCUUUGAAUGUGUUUUAUUGUGUCUUAAGUUGUGCAUAUCUCUGUAAAUAUCUUCAUGAAUAUAUCUUUCUAUUCCAGUUUUUUUAUCUGUACUCUGCACACAGCACACUUCCUUAUGUUUGUUUCUUUUGUCUUUAGGUAAUUUGAGUUUGAGGUUAAAAGGUUAUCAGACAGUCCCAUGUCACCAUGUGCCACUAGAAGGACGUCAACAGCAGCAGCACCAUAAUGAUGAAUGAACUGACUGGGAUGAGGCUGACUACGCAGAGGUCUUUGGCCUCACUGUCAUCAGCUGACCUCUGACCCCUCAUGGAUUAAAAAUGGCACUUUGGCUGAGACGGGGAGGGAAGCGCGACGUCUUACACUCCAGGAAUUCUGGGACUUUAACAAACGUGGUUGUUUGAAACAGGAUUGCACAGACUGGACAAACCUGGUGUCUCCUUUUUUAUUUCAAUGGGAGUAACAUGUUUCAGUGAAGAUGGAAUAAGUUCUGUGUGGGAGAUGUUGAUAAAGAAACUGAUCACAAAAUAGAAAUUGGGUCAAGGAUGGAGCAGGAUUUUACACAGUAGGCUCUCUCAUUUCUCUCAUAAAUUGUGGAUAACGAACAUUUGUAUGCACUAGCCUGGACUAACAUUAGCCAGUGUUGGUGAAGAUACCAAACUUUGACACCCAAUAUUCGCCUGUAACUGUACUCUUUUCCAUUCCUUAUUGUUGUGAAUGGACGUCUGACUCUCCGAAAGCUUCCCUUCAGCUUUAAACUGUAACUCUGACUCCUGGUUAGUAUCUCGCUGUAGCUUUGCUAAAAAAAGACUCCAAACAUGGCUGCCACAGGAAGGAAGCACUUGGUGAGGGACUUUAACCAUUUCAUCACCUGCUACCUGUGUCGAGGUUACCUGAUAAAACCGACCACGGUCACCGAGUGCCUGCACACCUUCUGUAAGGGCUGUAUAGUGCAGCACUUUGAGGACAGUAAUGACUGUCCUAAAUGUGGCAUUCAGGUCCAUGAGACCAACCCUCUGGAGAUGCUCAGGUUGGACAACACCCUGGAGGAGAUCAUUUUCAAGCUGGUGCCUGGACUCAGAGAACAAGAGGAACAGCAGGAAGUGGAAUUCUGGAAGAAGAACCAACCCAGAGAAAAUGGCCAAGCAGAAACUGUGAGGUGUCAGCGGAUUGGACUGCCUGAUGUUGGAGACAAUUAUGGUGGCGGUGGAGGUGGUGAUGAUGAUGACGAUGGCGGCGAUGAAGAUUACCACAGGAGUGACCCUCAGAUAGCCAUCUGUCUGGACUGCCUACGCAACACGGGACAGUCGGAGGAGAGCACUGUCACGGAUUUGAUGAAGAGGUUCAUCCGCUGCUCCAGUAGAGUCACAGUGGGAACAAUUAAGAAGUUUCUCAGUCUUAAACUGAAGCUGCCUAGCUCUUAUGAGCUGGAUGUGCUGUGUAACGGAGAGAUCAUGGGAAGAGAUCACACUCUGGAGUUCAUCUACAUGACCCGAUGGAGGCUGCAUGGAGAGAAUACAUAUCCCAUGGUUCUUGAGUACCGCCCACGAAUCGACUUUGGCUGAACCACAGCUGCAAGAAGAGGACCACACACACACACACCACAGACAUACACACACAGACAUAUGCAGACGUACAUAACAAGUGUAGAAAACAUGAGGAGCACCUACAUUUGCACAUGGACAAACACAAUUACAAACAUGCCCACAAUGUGCAGAGAAAGAGAGAUUUAAAUGUACAGGUAUUUUUGUACAGCCAAUGAUGAAGUGCAUACGUUGUCAUGGUAAAGAGGUUUUAUGCUACAUAGAAUAAUAUAUGCUAUUAUAUAUGAUAUUUUUAAAUGUUUGUCCCUGUGCCUAAAAACCUGUUGAGAUCAAAUGAAGUUUGACCAUAUCUUCACUUUGCCUGUCUAACUCUGUAGAUUAAAUGUUGAUUUUCUACUGUU